UCCCUCGAAGAAUUUAAAUUAAAAAUUGCAAGUGGUCAAACGUCGUGGAUUCAGGAGUUACCAAAAGAUACAUUAUCACAACUCAUAAUACAGUUAGAAUUACCGACAGGCCCAAAUCCAAGUAUCGACGAUUUGCGGAAAGUGCUUCGGGACCACGUUAAAACAAAAAAAAAUAAAAUGACACACCAGUCAACGCUCCCUAUUACUAGCUUAGAAAAUUUCAGUGGUGGAAAUUGGAGAAGUUAUGAGGAGCAACUCAAUUGUUACAUGUUAUUGCAUGAUAUCUCGGAAGACAAAAAGGUUCCGCUCUUAAUAACGAAAUUAACAAGUAACGUGUAUGACACAUUGUCAGGGUUAUGUGCCCCAGAUAUACCAAUUAAAAGUACAUAUGAGGAUCUAUGUAAAAAACUGCAAGAAUUUUAUCACCCCAAAAUAAAUCUAGCAGUGCACAGAGCGAGAUUCAUGGACAGGAAACAAGAAGAAGGAGAAACGAUAAAAGAAUACCUGUUAGCUGUUCGCAAACUGGCUAAAGACUGCGAUUUCAAGGAUGUAGAUGAACAUUUAAAAGAAAGACUGUUGAAUGGCGUUCACAACGAGACAAUCAGAUAUGAAGUAUUGAAGAUGGCCGAUGCGACUCUGGCAAAGUUAACAGCAGUGGCGGAGACAGCAGAGAUGGCUUUUAAACUAUCGGCCAAGCCAGUUGAUGUGUUCAAGCUCUCAACGGAUCGUGGGAAAGUGAGUCUACAGCCUCAAAAAAAGCGGCAACAACAACAACAACAGUCAAAGUGCCUGUGUUGCGGCAAGACAGGACAUUGGAAGGAUCAGUGCACCUUGCGCUUUAAGUACUGUUCGGAAUGUGGCAGGAAGGGACACAUAUUUAGGCUAUGCCCCCUAAAGAAACCAAGCCUGAAAACUGUGGUUUGCUCCGAAGAAAAAGAAGAUGUUUGUGAAACUAAUGAACUAGAUGACAUGUAUCAGACGCUUAAUUUGGGGUGAAAAACAAUAGAAGAAGUAAAUUCAAGAUUAAAAUCUGUAUUGCAACGCUUCACAGAGGCAGAGUUGAAAUUAAAAAUAUCAAAGUGCAAGUUUUUUGAAGAACAACUAACAGUAUUUGGAUAUCAUGUAUCAGGUGAAGGGAUCAGCGUAAUUAAAGAAAAUAUUGAGCCCUUAUUAAAAGCACCCCAACCCGAAAAUAUGAAAAUGUUACGUUCCUUUUUAGGAAAGGUAAAUUAUUAUAAUCGAUUUUUAAAAGACAUGGCCACAAUACUACAGCCUUUGUAUAAUUGUCUUAAGAAUGAAAUUUUUUGUUGGAGCCCUGAAUGUGACAACGCUUUUUUAAAAAUAAAAGAAGCUUUAACAAAAACAGUCACUUUAUCUCAUUACAGCAAUGAACUGCCAAUAAUUUUAAGCUGCGA